AUGGCGUCUGUGACGGAGGAACUGAACUGCUCCAUCUGCCUGGAGAUGUACACGGACGCGGUCACUCUGCCGUGCGGUCACAACUUCUGCCGGGCCUGUAUCCUCCGUUUCCUGGACACCCAGUUUGGGGUCCCCAGCUGCCCCGACUGCCGAGCUCAUUUCCCGCAACGUCCGGCUCUGCAGAAGAACAUAACUCUGUGCAACGUGGUGACACAUUACCGAUCCUCCCCGAGAAGAGAGGCCGCCGGCGGCGGAGUCCACUGUACGUACUGCAUCCGCUCCGCCGUGCCCGCGCUCAAGUCCUGUCUGCACUGCGAGGCCUCUCUGUGUGCCGAUCACCUGCAAGUCCACAGCACGGCACCAGAACACAUCCUAGCCGAGCACGGGGCCACCCGGGAGGACAGGAAGUGUCCGGCUCACAAGGAAGUCCUGAAGUAUUUCUGCAGAGAGGACUCGGCGUGUAUCUGUGUGUCCUGCAGGCUGGACGGUGAGCACCGGGGCCACCGAGCCGAGUCCCUGGAGGAGGCCUCGGAGAAGAAGAAGGAGGACCUGAGGGAAGUCCUCCAGAAGCUGACGUCGGAGCGCGAGGACAACGAGAAGAAGAUCCACAGGUUGUGGGAACACCGGCGGCUCGUCCGGGAGCAGCAGGCCUCCUUGCUGAUGGCCGAUCUGAUCCGGCAGCUGGAAUUGAAGAAGAUGGAUCUCACCGGGAAGAUCGGUCGCGUCGCCCGGUUGUGUGAUGAGGCCGAUCCUCUCACCGUCCUACUGGACCAUGAGCCGGAGGUUUGGGGGAACGCCGAGGACGAGGCCGCGGAAGAUCUGUAUCGGGGUCUGGUCUCCGGGACUCUGGACGCAGACCAUGUGUGUGAGGACCUCGUCCUGGACGUCACCACGGCGGCCAAUAAUGUCCGCGUGUCUCCCGACCUGAAGACCUUGACGUGGUCGGCGGCGUACCAGAAGCGCCCGGAAACCCCCGUCCGGUUCCAGUACAACCAGGUUCUGAGCUCUCGGAGGUUCUCCUCGGGUCAGCACUCCUGGGACGUGGAGACCAGCGAGUCCGGGGACUGGAGGAUCGGGGUGGCCUAUCAGAGCGUGGAGCGGCGGGGUGAGCGGUCCUACAUCGGGGACAGCGGCAAAUCCUGGUGUCUACGGAAACUCUACCAGAACCAAUACUCGGCGAUGCACGACGGCAACGUUACCACCGCGCCCCACCGCUUCUCCUCCACCACGUUCAGGAUCUGCCUGGACUACGAGGCCGGCCGGGUCUCCUUCUAUGAACUCUCCGACCCCAUCCGCCUCCUCCACACCUUCACCGCCACCUUCACCGAGCCCCUCCACGCCGCGUUCGGGGUCGGCUACUGGCUGUGCAGUGAAGGGUGCUGGUUGAGGGUCGUGAUUUAG